AUGACCUGGAUGAAGUCGGAGUCGGCAAAGGAGCCGCUACCCACGCUGCUGCGUGGGGGCACAGUUCCGCUAAGGGCGGGGACGCUCGGAAUCACGGUGCGGCUCAAGACUACGGCCACGAUGAUGCUUUGCUAUGCUGCGGCUGCUGGCGACUGUCUCAAGGUGAAGACAUUGCUCAGCCAAAAUCUUGACCCCAACGCUGGCGACUACGCUGGGAAGACCCCGCUCCACAUAGCAUGCAGCAUCAACACGGCUGGGGCCAACGAGGUUGUUCGCGUUCUCCUGGAGCAUGGGACCAAUGCCAAUGCCACGGACAAUCUUGGGCAGACCCCAUUGGAUAUCUCCAGCCGAGCUGGAAAUUUCGCCGUGAAGGCCCUCUUGCAGGAGCACGGUGCCAAGCUUCAGCGAGAAGAAUUGGAAUCGCGAGCCCGCGAGAGCUUCUGGCUCCUUCAGCCGGAAGACAUCACCCUUAAGAAGCAAAUUGGCAAAACUCUGAAGAGUGCAGUGCACUUGGCGAACUGGAAGGGCACCGUCGUUGUGGUCAAGUGUGCCAAGAUGCACCAGUCAAACAUGGUCAAGAACCUUCGUAAGUCCCAUAGCAUGGUCCUCGGCGGUGGUGUGGAAGGUGUUUCCCCGAAGAAGGCCGGCGACGAGGACAUUGAGGCGGGAAUCACUGCAGAGCUCCUGCAUGAGAUUCAUCUUCUGGCUUCGCUGCGCCAUCCGGAUCUGGUUCUGUUCUUGGGUGCGUGCCUGGACCCGAACUAUCCAAUUAUGUUCGUCUCUGAGUUCAUGGGUGGAGGUGACCUGGAACACUACAUGUACAACAUGCGAGAGAAGCAGCAGGUUGCGGCCUGGAGUCCUCCUUUGUGGCGCGUGGUGGAGUGGUCCUGCGCCAUCGGGCGAGCCUUAGCCUUCCUCCAUGGCUUCGCUGUGCCCAUCGUGCAUCGAGACCUAAAGCCAUUGAACCUGCUCCUGACGAAGAACCUGGAUCUGAAGAUGACGGACUUUGGCAUCAGCAAGAUGCUGUCCUCAGGGGAGACCAGCGAGCCGCACACCAUGACCGGUGGUGUGGGAAGCUACCUUUACAUGGCCCCAGAAGUGGUACGGUAUGAGGAGUACAAUGAAAAGGUGGACAUCUACUCCUAUGGCCUCAUCAUGUACUACCUUAGCUCCGGCCGCCGGCCUUUCCACCAUAUCACGCUGGAUCCAGAGGUCAUUCUUCAGCAGUAUUGCAAGAAGAAGGAGCCGCGCCCACUUGUCUCAGACUGCCACAAGGUGCUGAGAGGCCUCAUUGAGCCUUGCUGGCAUGUCGACAAGUUCUCGC